AAAGCAUAUCAAGAACAGAUUUUAUAACAUUAUCGUAUAUAUUUCUAUCGGGGUUUUUUUGUCCGUUUUGCCGAACAUUUUCAGACAACCACCACGUGUUGUGAGGGUGAGCUCGACCAACAGCCAACUAAAGUUAGCUAGCUGCUAGCAAGCUUCACACAAUUCCAAAAUGUUCACUUGCAAGUUUAGCACAUGUGGUAAGGAAUUUAAUAGAGUUUGUGAGUUUACUCAGCACAUUAAGUUGCAUAGUAAUAGUGCUAAUUACAGAUAUCAGUGUGGUGUGCCUGAAUGCUCCAGACAGUAUGUUAAAAUUCCUGUACUUAAAGCUCACAUGUACAGAGACCACAAAGCAGAUGUGCCUUUGAGGAAUAGUCAGCGACCAUGUACUCCUAUACAAUGUGACUUUUGUGCAGUAAGGUGUGAAACAUCAUCUUUACUAGUUUGUCACUUGAGGUCACAUUUGCGUGAAGGGUUACACGUUGAAUGCCCAUUUAGAGGAUGUGAUAGAAGGUUCUCUGUUUUGUCGAGUUUUGCAUCCCAUCUUUCUAAGAAGCACCGCAAUGACAGUGCUGAACAUGUAGAAAACCCCUCUAAUGUAGAAAGACCUGUUGCCAGUGAAUCAGUGAGUGAGUGUGAACCAUCUAACGUUAAUUAUUCUGAUGAUGAGCAAGAAGUACCUGUUGCAGUUGAUGAAUCUGUCUUUCUUCAGAAUAUCACACUUUUCUAUCUAAAACUUCAGGCUAAACUACUAUUGCCGGCUACUACAAUACAAACUAUUAUUGAGGGAUAUCAAGAUGUCCAUCAUGUCAGUCUGACAAAUCUGCUUAAUACCUUGAGUGAGAAACUAACUGUCCUUGGAAUCCCAGAGGCCACAAUUAGUAACAUUAUGGAUGAAAUGAGAAAAGAUGAUCUCCUCACAGCCUGUAACAGUGGGCCUUUGAGCACAGACCAGAAAAGAAAGACGGCUUUUAAAAAACAUUUUAAUUAUGUUGAGCCGGUGCCUCAGUUAUUAGGUAUCAAUGAGAAAGGUAAGGAAUCGUUUGCCCAGUAUGUGCCUAUUAAAGAAACAUUGGCUGCACUUUUUAAAAGCAAGUCCAUGCAGGAACAGUAUGCAGCAACACAUUCCACACCAUCAUCAGAGGGUAUUUUCCAAGAUGUAAAUGACGGGAAGGGAGCUCAGUGCAACCCUUUAUUUAAAGCGGAGCCAUCUUCUCUUGGUCUUAUACUUUAUCAGGAUGCAUUUGAAGUGGUUAAUCCACUUGGUUCUUCUAAAAAGAAACACAAGAUUCUAGCAGUUUAUCUCACUUUAACAGAUAUUUUGCCUCAUAACAGAUCAUCCAUAGAUCAAAUGCAGCUUGUUCUCUUGUGUAAGGAGCAGGACUUCAAAUAUUUUGGGAUGGACAAGGUAUUUGAGCCCCUCAUUAAAGACCUGAAAGCUCUUGAGGAAACUGGCAUUGAGAUAAAUAAUGGACAAAUUGUCAGAGGUCGACUGUGUGCUAUUUCUGGUGACAAUUUAGGGUCUCACUGUAUUGGCGGAUUUGUUGAGAACUUUAGUGUGAGCCAUUAUUUCUGCAGGUAUUGUGAUAUAAAAAGAUCAAUUUUUGAGAGCUCUCCAUUAUUAUGUGGCAACAAGCGUACAGAACAGUCUUUUCUGAAUCAUCUACAAGAAUUAGAAAACACUGGUACAAAUUCUGAAUGUGGUAUCAAGUCAAACUCUCCUUUUAACCAACUGUCCUUCUUUCAUGUUUGCCAGCCUGGAUUACCCCCAUGUCUUGGCCAUGACCUGUUUGAAGGCAUUGUUUCCUGUGACCUUAGUUUGUUGAUUGGUCAUCUAGUUGAGGAGAAACAUUUCAACUAUACACAACUGAACAGGUGCAAAGAUCAGUUCAACUAUCAGGGAAAUGAUGCCCAGGACAAACCAGCCGAUGUUUCACCAGGUAGCAGAAGACUUGGUGGACAUGCAGUCCAGAACUGGUGCUUCCUGCGUUUGCUCCCUCUCCUGAUAGGAGAUAGGAUUAGGAAUCCAUGUGAGAAUGGUGCCUGGCAACUUGUGCUGCAGCUCAGAGAAAUUGUAGAGCUCAUUUGUGCACCAGCAAUCACUACAGAUCAGGUUGCUUACCUUAAAAUACUCAUUGAGGAGUAUAUCUACUUUCGAAGGCAGCUCUUUCCCAAUGAGCCCCUGAAGCCCAAACAUCACUAUUUACUUCAUUAUCCAGAGCUCAUUACACACUUUGGUCCCCUUAUUCGCCUUUGGACUCUCAGGUUUGAGAGUAAGCACACAUUCUUCAAAAGAUGUGCUAGGAAGUUACAUAAUUUCAAGAACAUCUGCAAGACAGUCGCAGAGAGACACCAGCUCUUCCAGGCAUACUUGAGUGCAGGUAAAAUGUUUCAGCCGAGUGUGUUACUGGAUAAAGAGAUGACAUUCUAUGUAAAUGACUACAGCGACAAAAUCAGAGAGGCUGUUGUUGGUUUGCAUUUUGAAUCUAAAGAUACAGUAGCAUCUCACACAGUGACGGUGAAGGGCACAUCAUACAAAAAGGGCAUGUUUAUUUUGCUGGGGAAAACUGAAGAAGAGUUGGAGGUUGGCAAGAUAGAGCUGGUCAUUGUGCACCAUGGCUCUGUGUCAUUUGUCUCAGAAAAAUAUUGUUUUGUUAAGUUGAGGGACAUUGGGGUCUAUAGUGUUUUGGGGACACCUCAAGAGCAGUUUGUUUGCAUGAGGCAUGAUGAUCUACUGGAUUAUUAUCCUUUGCCUGCCUACACAAUGUGUGACAUUACAAUGAUCUGUCUCCAUCACUCCUUUGCAGAGACAUGGCUGCAGCACAAGAGGAGCUCAGGAGGGCUGUCUUGGCAGUACUCCCGGACCUCCCCGCAGACACACUAACUACCUUGAUGGCAGGCCUGGAAGAACUUGGUGUGGAGAACAAGGAGGAUGUGAGCCUUCUAAGUGAAGAAAAUCUUCUGCCCUUUCUCCGUGUGGUCCAGUCUAGAAAGCUUCUCCGUGCCUUUUCAUCUCAAGGUUCCUUCUCAGCCCUGUCUCCUCCUGGCUCUCCACAACUCUCCUCAACCCUGUCCCCCGUGGGAAGUCCACAACUCUCCUCACCUGAGACACCCCGAACGUCCAACCCAAUGCCCUCACCACGCACACCAUGGCCUGUACAUUUUAAGGUUAACUGGGAGAAGAUGACGCCAGAGAUUCAGUCAGCCAUUGCAAAUUCUACUAGACCGAAUCCUGCUGCCAGAAGAGCGAUGGUCAGAGAGCUUGUCGAUCAAAUGAGGGUGCACAAUGCAAAUCCAAAUAGAGGGAUCUGUUUGAAAGUUGUAAACGAUAUAAUACAGAAGUACCCCACAUGUUUUGGGGAUGUGGAUGAUGAUGAAAAUACAGCUGGGGCAUCGCUCGUCCAGCAAGUAAAAACCAGAAUCGAGCAUGUCAACCGAAACAACACAUUGGCACGGUUAAGGAAGAAUAAGCACAGCAAUCGGCAGGCGAGGACAAAUGGAAGAGGUCCCGUUGAUCAAUAUGGAUGUGUCCGAUGGGCACCUCAAGAACUCCCCUCAGGGGAGACUGAUGAAACCCUACAAGAGAUGAAGACUCAGAUGCAGCAGCUAUAUGCCCAGGAAGGAAUGUCAGGCAUGGAGAGAGGAGCGCUUCAGAGAUGGCUUCAGAGAACCUACAUUCUCCAGCGUUGUGAUCUCAAUGCUGACCCUCCACACAGCGUCUCAAAAAUUAAGGAUGACUGGCCCUUUCUCUUCUCCUUGAAGGGCCUGUUCUCGCAUUUCAGUGAACUGACCGGAAUUCCAAUCCAGGAGAAGCUGCCAGCUGCCAUAGACAACAGGAGUCAGAACAUCAUAGAGUACUUCCAACAGCAGAAGACACCAGGAGUGGGGAAGGUUCUGGAAGCCUACGAUGAAGAGAGUGGCAACAAAGCUAUCUGCACCAUUAUGUGCCUGCUUGCUCACUUCAAGGAGGGGGAUGGUAUCUUCCUUACGGCUGAUCCCUCUGCCACGGCUGCUGAUAUUGAGAGAGCUGUCAGUCUGCCAAGCACACCUCGAUUAGUUGUACCAGGAGAGAUACUGCGCGGUGCAGAUAUGUGGGUUAUGUCCAUGGAAGGAGCAUGUGUGAUGGGGCCCCACAGCAACCUCCUGCAUGGAUUGGCAGCAGUCUUCGCUGCCUACUAUGUCUUCAACUUGCAAUAUCCAGCAGAAGCCGCAAGCACACUUGAAUUCAUUCAGAGAGCCUUUUGCGGCAUAAAUCCCCAGACGGGCAGCAAGGCAGAGAAAAGGCGAGGGCUGAAUGCACCAGUUUGCACACUUUUGAGGAAACUGCUGGAUUUUGAAUUGGUGGGCAGGGGAAAUUAGAGGACAUUAGUGGGCAGGGGACAUUGGGGACAUUAGUAUGUUUGACAACUCAUGUUCAACCAGUUUGGUACACUAAUACUUUGUGCAUUGUGCACUCUGUUUUUUAAGAGAAA